AGACUUUUUCCCGAGGUGCCCCGCGGCUCCCGUGCCCUUGACAACACAGGCCAAAAUGGCGUCGGCCACCCGCCUCAUCCAGAAGAUCCGCAACCUUGCGGCCGGGCGAGAUCUCCAAGCGAAACUUCAGCUUCGUUACACAGAGAUUGCCAAGAGGACUCAGCCACCUCCACGCCUCCCUGUCGGCCCCAGCCAUAAAUUUGCAAACAAUUACUACUGCACCCGUGACGGACGCCGGGAGACUUUCCCUCCCAUUGUCCUUGUAUCAGCUCAGAAAAGGUUGGCUCCGGGAGGGCAGCAGCAUGGCAGCUCAGAAUCUUCUAUUGCACCAACAGAGAGAAAGCCAGUGAAACCUGGCCCUGCGCCACGGAAAUGGGAACUGUCGAAAGAUGAGCCCUAUUUGUGAGCUGCCAGGCAGAUGGGGAGGAGAGCAGGCAAUGGUGCAAAACUCAGUGGAAAUAUUUUCAUGUGUGGACGUUAUUUCUGACCAUUCACAUUGUUCUGAUUGGUACCUGACUGAUUAAACUCAAUCCCUAACGUCA